GGACGACAACUGCAAUGCGAGAAUGAGAAAGCAGCAUAAAAACUAAAGUGAGCGGUCCGUGUAGUAUGUGUUGCGUGUGAGCUACUUCACUUGAGUUUUAUUUUUCUGCUUCACUUCGCCUAGUUGACUUUGUACUCCAUGAGCUACGCUGCCUAUCAACUCAGCCGUGGCUACCUAAAACGAAAGAGGAUAGAGAAACUCAAACUGUUCACUCACUCCCCCCCCCCCCCGCCCCCCUUUACCGAUUGCCUUGCACAUCGUCUGUAAUGGAGGGUCCGGUGCGGACUUGCUUCUUUAAGAAUACUUUUUUUUGUUAGGGUGUCCGGUUCUCUUCGUUUUCCCUCCUUCAAAAGGUGGUGUUGGACUGGGAGCCAUUAAAAAAAACCCACAAUGUGCAUAUUUUGCCCACACCUCCAGAACUACUCCAGUGAAUCCAGAAUGCACAAUUUAACGAUCUGACCAUAAGGAUAGAAAGGCUGAUAUAUAUCAAAUUUUUCCUACUUUUGGAAGUAGACAAACAUAAACAUACUUACAGCUGUGGUGACUAGAAAGGCAUCCUUUGCAACAGCAGAAGACCACAUUGGGCUCCACUCCUGCCAGCAAAAGAACAGGAAUCUUAGAAUCAAGACCAAGUUCCUAUUAAAGUGGCCGGUGUACAUGUGGAAGGGGUGUGUGUGUGUGUGUGAGAGUGAGUGUAAGCGAGCACCCUGGUUAGCAUCCUGAGGUGAAGCAUCAUGGAAGACGGAGACCUCAAUGGCCUGAAGGUUCUCUCGUGUUCUGUUAUGUUGUGCAUUUGCCAAACCCUUCUUCUCAACUGCCCUUUUGCAUUCUCUCUCUUAUUCCACACACAGCCUGCCUCUGUGGUUCAGAAGCAGGGUAGCGCUGUUCACCUGCACUGUUUGGUGCAUCCUACCUCAGCCACAGUCACCUGGUUGUUCCAGGGUCAUGCCCUGGAGCCAGGGUCACUACCUGGGGUGGAGGUUCAGCCUGACAGAAUAUCCCUGCCCUGUCUCCAGCCCCAAAACACUGGCACUUACCAGUGUGUGGCACACUCAGACACAGGUUCCAUCACCAGCCAGUGGGCACGGGUAACCAUCGCAGAUAUUAAGGAGUUUGGACAGACCCAUCAGCGGUCUUUAGUAGAAAAAGAAGGGAAUAUUGCUGUUAUUCAGUGCCAGCUACCUUGGAGUAAUCCCCCAGCUUUACCGCGUUACAGAAUACGAGGAAAGUGGCUCGAGGAAUCUACAGAUGAAUAUUUAAUCCUUCCUUCUGGGAACCUUCAGAUAGUCUCUGUUUCUCCAGAACAUCAGGGCAUGUAUAAAUGUGGAGCUUAUAAUCCUGUUACCAGAGAAGUCAAGGUCGAGUCCUAUGGCACAAAGCUCUUAGUGAAAAAUUCAAAUGGUCCUACCUCAAUGGGGAUAGUAUAUCCAGUCAACUCUAUCAGCCUGACAGUGGAACAGUCCAUGUCCUUGGUUCUGGAAUGUGUAGUAUCAGGAAAUCCCUCUCCUGUUGUUAAAUGGUUGAAGGAUGGCCAAGAGCUGCCUCUAGCUCCCAGACUGAGACUUCUGCAUAGUAAUUUGGUGCUGAGUGAUGUUCAGCUGAGUGACGGAGGAAAUUACACUUGCUUUGUUCAAGUAGAGGAAGGUGCUGUGGCCAGUGCCAACUAUACUCUGGAUGUGCUUGGGCCUCCUACUAUAAUAAGAGGUCUGAGUGACCAGACUCUGAAAUCUGGCUCAUUGGUGCAAUUCAGUUGUACCACCUCAGGAAAUCCUGUUCCUAACAUCACUUGGCUCUUCAAUUCAAUCCCAGUUUUAUCCUCACCACGAGUCCAGAUAUCAGACUCCAGCCUGCGUAUUUUCUCAGUCACUACUCAGGACCAGGGCAUGUACCAGUGUGUGCUAGACAACAGAAUUGGCUCUGCACAGUCAGCUGCAAGACUUAGCAUUAAGUUGGAACCUCAGUCCAGUUCCAUCACUGCUGCUACUAUGGACACACAACCAACUGUCCAACCAGUUCAGAGUGAUGAAGGAGAUGGGCUGUUCCUGCUUUUGGAGGAUGGGCUUGGUGAUGCCAAAGGUUCAUUCACAGAGAAGACCAGUGACAAUCCCACUCCAGAGGCUCCGAUCAUUAUCAGUCCACCACAAACACAUAGACCUGAUGCAUAUGAUCUCGAGUGGCGGCCAGGGCAAGACUGGGGCAGACCAAUCAAUGCCUACUUUGUUAAAUAUCGCAAGGUGGAUGAGAUGGGCAAUGUGGUGGGCAGUUGGCAAACAGUACGAGUUCCAGGUAGUGAAAGGAGCCUCCCCCUGUCAGAUUUAGAGCCUUCCAGCCUGUAUGAGGUGCUGAUGGUAGCACGCAGCAGUGCUGGUGAGGGCCAACCUGCCAUGCUUACCUUUCGAACAGGAAGGGAGAAGAGCUCAUCCUCCAAUAAGAAUCCCUCUAAGGCGCCAUUUGUGUCUUUGCCUGAGAGAGCCCUUGAAGACAAAAUUGUCAAUACUCACUAUGGAGUGGUCAUCCAUGACAGAGUUCCUGAGGCCCCAGAUCGGCCAACCAUCUCUAUAGCAUCAGAGAAUUCAGUUUAUGUCACAUGGAUCCCACGGGCCAAUGGUGGUUCUCCAAUCACAGCUUUCCGUGUUGAGUACAGGAAGGGCCGUAAUGCGGAUUGGGUCGUAGCUGAUGAUAACAUCUCACCUCUGAAACUGUCUGUGGAAGUGCGCAACUUAGAAGCAGGUUCCGCAUACCGUUUCCGUGUCAUUGCCAUGAACAACUAUGGUGAGAGCCCCCAUAGCGCCACCUCCAGGCCAUACCAUAUAGCAGUGACAAGUUCACCUGCAUCCAACCGACCUGUUGCUGGCCCUCACAUCUCUUCUACUGAUGCUAUUAGUGACACACAGAUCAUGGUGCGAUGGACUUACACCACUUCCAGUAACAACAACACCCAUAUCCAGGGCUUCUACAUCUACUAUCGACCUACAGACAGUGACAAUGAUGGUGAUUAUAAGAGAGAUGUGAUAGAUGGUAUCAAGCGCUGGCACAUGAUUAGUCAGCUCCAACCUGAGACAUCCUAUGACAUUAAGAUGCAGUGCUACAAUGAUGCAGGAGAAAGCGAUUACAGUAACGUGAUGAUAUGUGAAACUAAAGCACAUCAGGCUCCAGGUGUUCCCAAUCAGCAGCCCAUCACGCCGCCAGCUGUGUACCCACCAAGUUCAAAUUCAUCAGCAGGUGGUGUCUUGUACCUGAUUGUGGGCUGCAUUUUGGGUGUCAUGGUGCUCAUUUUGCUCAUCUUCAUCAUCAUGUGCCUGUGGAGAAACCGCCAGCAGCAUAGCAUGCACAAGUGCAACCCUCCUGGUUACCUGUACCAGCCUGCUGAGAUGAAUGGUCACAUGAUGGAGUACACAACACUAUCUGGCUCUAGUCAGCUCAACGGCAACAUGCAUGGUCACUGCAUGAACAGUGGGUCCAUCAUGCCCCAGGGUUGCCAUCACCUCCACCAUAAACUUCCCAAUGGUCUGACUCUGCUAAAUGGGUCAGGUUCUCUCUACAGUCUGGGACAUUCCCACACUCAUGACAUACCUCUGCCUCACAGGACCGUGGACUUUGAGCAUACACACCUUCACCAUGUGCACAGUCGAGGAAGCACAUACACAUCUGUACCCCAGAUGGACACUGCUGACGGCAUGAGCUGCCAGAACUUCUGUAACAACAACAGGUGCUACACAAAAGCCAAUGGAAAUUUCUCAGGUGGCCUAAAACACCAGCUGGUACCGUGCCAGCUUGAUGGUCUCGAGAUGGUGCCUCUAAACCAUGGUUCACUCCUAUGCCAUGGUACUGACAGCCUAGCACCCCAGGGGAUUUGUGAGAGGAUGGAUGUGGAGAUGGAGCAGAUGCAGGUGAAUGCAGACUCAAAAGCAUCCCAGAAUUUUGAGGGUAUAACUGGACAAGAUGUGCCAGACACCAGCUAUAACAGAGCUUCAUAUGGUGUCUAUGAUCAUACAGAUUCAGUAGAGUGUGUGAACUCAGAUGAGCCACUGAUGUGCUUGGAGAGACUGGACCUGUCUGAUUUGGAUUGUAAAGAGAAACCUGCCUGGAUCACCACUGCAAGUCUAAAUGGAGACCUUAUCCAUCCAACAACACAGGAGAUCUGAACUCACAAACAUAGCAGCAACCAACACACACACACACACACACACACACACACACACACACACACAUUUUAAUGUGUUUAUUUGGAUCCAACAGCAAAGAAACAAAACAAGAUCCAAACACUUUGGAAAGAGUCAAUGAUAAGGUGACAGAUUUACAAGGCUCGUUUGUGUCAGUACACACACACACACACACACACACACACACAUAUAUAUACACACAUCCCAAACAUGCAUACCUACACGAGAAAAGCAGACAAUGAAGAAUUGUGAAAAUAUACAGUAUUUGUGCUGAAAUGCUGAGACUUUAGCUGAAGGACACUAUUUUGUUCUACUGUGCUUGAUGUGAAUGAGGGAGAAAUGGGGGGAAAGUGUGUAGGCACAGAAGAUUGAAUUUUGGAAAUGCUAUCUCUCUUUUCCAUCUGUGCAAAGUACUUUCAAAAAGAACUCUUUAGAUGGCUUAUUUAUUUUUAUUUUUUUUUGUAUUAGUAAAAUAUUAUUUCAUAUGAAUGUAUCUGUUUUAAGAAAAAAAAAGUUAGUCUUUUAUAUUAUUUAUGCUUUUUGGGUGAUAUACUUUUUUUUGGUAAUUUUUAGUUUCCCCCACAUUCCAGACAGUGUGGAGUUCAGCCAUUAUAUAUGUAAAGUUGUGUAAUAAUAUAAAGAAGAUAAGGUAGAGAGUGUAUCCUGCUUGUGUGUGUGUGUGUGUGUGUGUGUGUGUGUGUGUGUGUGUGUUUUCAGUCAUCUUGGAGGAAUGAGGCAAGUUUCCUCAGAUUAAAAAAAAAAAUUUCCCA